CACAGGCGAAGGAAGGAAGGAAGGAAGGAGAAACAUUGUUAACUGAACUGACCGGUAAGAAGAAUCAGCCAUGUCCGGUUGCUCGAGCUUAUUUUCUCACAAAAACGAAGCAAUCUUUCUAUUGCGUCUCGGUUCUUCAAAACUCGGAUGUUUCUCCCGAGUAGCGUUUUCUUCCGGCGUCGUAAAACAGUCCAAACGAGAUGAUUAUGCUUCUCACGAACCAUUUGGUGUCACUGGGUUUGAUAUGGAGAAGAGCAUAUACAACAUUCUUACAAUCGACCGUUGGGAAUCUCUAAACCAUAUGGAUUACAGACAGGCUCGUCUUAGACCAGUUCACGGGAAGCUAGCUUUGAAGUUUCUCAAAUGGGUGGUCAAGCAACCCGGUCUGGAGCCUGACCAUCUCCUUCAACUGUUUUGUAUCACUACGCAUAUACUUGUCAGAGCUAGAAUGUACGACCCCGCAAGGCACAUCUUGAAGGAGCUGUCUUGUAUGGGUGACAAACCAAGCUUUGUGUUUACUGCUUUGAUGACCACGUACAGGCUAUGCAACUCCAACCCUGCUGUUUUCGACAUCUUGAUUCGUGUGUAUAUGAGAGAAGGAAGGAUUCAAGAUUCUCUAGAGAUAUUUCGUUUGAUGGGUCUUUACGGGUUCAACCCUUCUGUUUAUACCUGUAACGCAAUGCUAGGUUCCAUUGUAAAGAGUGAUGGGGAUGUGUCAGUCUGGUCUUUCUUGAAGGAAAUGCUCAAGAGGAAGAUUUGUCCCGACGUGGCUACCUUCAAUAUCCUAAUCAAUGCGCUCUGUGCUGAAGCGAACUUUAAAAAGUCGCGUUAUCUCAUGGAAAAGAUGGAGAAGAGUGGUUAUCCCCCAACUAUAGUUACGUACAACACUGUGCUCCAUUGGUAUUGCAAAAAGGGGAGAUUUAAAGCUGCUAUAGAGCUUAUAGAUCACAUGAAGUCCAAAGGGGUUGACGCUGAUGUGUGUACAUAUAAUAUGAUUAUCAACGAUUUGUGCAGAAACAGUAGAAGUGCCAAAGGCUAUUUGUUACUGAGGAAAAUGAGGAAGAGGAUGAUUUACCCCAACGAAGUCACGUACAACACGCUGAUUAAUGGUUUUUCUAAUGAAGGAAAGGUUCUCAUUGCUCGUCAACUUUUGGAUGAGAUGUUAGCCUUUGUACUUUCCCCGAAUCAUGUUACUUUCAAUGCUUUGACUGAUGGAUACAUUAGUGAGGGAAACUUUAAAGAGGCUCUGAAGAUGUUUUAUAUGAUGGAAGCACAAGGCCUUAUCCCUACUGAAGUCAGCUAUGGUGUACUUUUAGAUGGGUUGUGCAAGCAUGCGGAGUUUGAUCUAGCGAGAGGCUUUUACAUGAGAAUGAAGAGAAAAGGGAUCUCUGUUGGGCGAAUAACAUACACUGGAAUGAUUGAUGGGUUAUGCAAGAAUGGGUUAUUAGAUGAAGCUGUUAAGAUGCUUAACGAAAUGAGCAGAGAUGAUGUUGAUCCUGAUAUCGUCACAUACUCAGCACUUAUAAAUGGAUUUUGCAAGGUGGGGAGGUUUAGAACUGUUAAGGAGAUAGUCUGCAGAGUUUACCGAGCUGGUCUUAGUCCAAAUGGCAUCAUAUACUCAACGCUGAUAUACAAUUACUGCAGGAUGGGAUGCUUAAAGGAAGCUUUAAGAAUUUAUGAAGCUAUGAUCCUUGAGGGCGAUACUCCAGACCAUUUCACGUUCAACGUACUUGUCUCUUCUCUAUGUAAAGCUGGUAAAGUGGGCGAGGCGGAAGAGUUUAUGCGUUGCAUGACCAGUGGUGGCAUUCUUCCUAACGCAGUUAGCUUUGAUUGCCUUAUCAACGGGUAUGGAAGCUCCGGUGAAGCGCUAAAAGCGUUCUCUAUAUUUGAUGAGAUGACCAAAGUAGGCCACCACCCAACGUUCUUCACAUAUGGUGGUCUUCUCAAGGGAUUAUGCAAAGGUGGGCAUUUGAAGGAGGCAGAGAAGUUUCUGAGAAGCCUCCAUGAUGUUCCUGCAGCUGUUGAUACUGUAAUGUACAACACACUACUCACCGCAAUGUGUAAAUCAGGGAACUUGGACAAGUCUAUCUCUCUGUUUGGUGAGAUGGUGCAGCGAAGCGUUAUGCCUGACAGUUAUACAUAUACCAGUCUUAUCUCUGGGUUGUGUAGGAAGGGCAAGACUGUUAUUGCCAUAUUUUUUGCUAAGGAAGCUGAGGCUCGAGGUAAUUUACUUCCCAACGAGGUGAUGUAUACAUGUUUUGUGGAUGGUAUGUUCAAGGCUGGCCAGUGGGUAGCUGCUUUUCAUUUCCGGGAGCAAAUGGAGAAGCUUGGCCUUGCCCCUGAUGCUGUCACAACAAACGCAAUGAUUGAUGGUUACUCAAAGAUGGGGAAAAUAGAGAAGGCCAGUGACCUGCUUUCUGAAAUGGAACCUAAUCUGAUUACUUACAACAUCCUCUUGCAUGGGUAUUCAAAGAGGAAAGACAUAUCAACGACCUUUAAGCUGUAUAGAUCCAUGAUACUGAACGGCGUUUUACCUGACAAGCUCACAUGCCAUUCUCUUAUCCUCGGGAUGUGUGAGUCCAAUGCGCUGGAGAUUGGUCUUAAAACCUUGAAAGCGUUUAUAUGCCGAGGUUUUGAAGUUGAUAGGAGUACGUUCAACAUGCUAAUCUCCAAAUGUUGUGCAAACGGAGAGAUCAGCAAGGCUUUUGAUCUAGUUAACGUCAUGAACUUACUGGGAAUCUCUCUUGACAAAACUACUUAUGACGCCGUUGUAAGCGUCCUCAACAGAAACCACAGAUUCCAGGAAUCUCGCAUGGUUCUGCACGCUAUGUCGAAGCAAGGUCUAUCUCCUGAUUGCACCAAAUACAUUGGUCUGCUUAACGGUCUUUGUAGAGUGGGAGAUAUAAAGACUGCGUUUAUGCUGAAAGAUGAGAUGAUAGCGCAUAAGACAUGUCCGGCUAAUGUAGCUGAGAGUGCAAUGGUGAGAGCGCUUGCAAAAUGCGGCAAGGCGGAAGAAGCUACCCUGCUUCUUCGUUCCAUGCUGAAAAAGAAGCUGGUUCCGACUAUUGCUAGUUUCACUACUCUAAUGCACAUGUUUUGCAAGAACGGGGACGUUACAGAGGCUUUGGAAUUGAGAGUUGUUGUGAGAAACUGUGGCCUGAAGCUUGAUCUCGUGUCGUACAAUGUAUUGAUUAGUGGACUUUGUGCUAAAGGUGAUAUGGUAGCUGCGUUUAAGCUCUAUGAAGAGAUGAAGCAAGAUGGGUUCUUAGCUAAUGCGACUACUUACAAAGCUCUCGUCAGUGGGAUACUUUCCCUAGGUACCGCUUUCUCAGGGAUAGAUAUUAUCAUUGAGGAUUUACUUGCAAGAGGAUUCAUAACAUCCUUGAGCUCGUCUCAAGAUUCAAACACAACCUUGACAAUGGUCAUGGAGAAGCUGAAGGCUUUGCAGUCUCACAAGAAGGGAUAAACAUCAGAACAAUCUUUAAAUAGUAAAACAUAUGAUCCUUUUCAUUAGCGCUAACGCAUAUCUCGAGGAUCUGAUUCUCUGUAAGACGGUGAAAUUGCAGUUUAUCACCUUGAGCUGAAGAGCUGGAUGUGCAGAGUAAUUGUUCCGCAGAGAAACCAGCUAAAAAGUUCCCUGGCUUUGUCUAAUUUUCAUUCUUGAUGUGAGUGCCAACCAGUUCCAGAAGCUCAGGCACUUGAACUUGUGCUGUUAUGCAGAACAAGACAACCAAGACAGUGAAGGGUCGACAUCAUUGGCCCUUUUUGUCUGACAAAUACAACUCAAAACCAUAUAACAAAAAAAAUCAGAAGUCUUAAUUGAGCUUUCUUUAAACUCCAGAGCCGAAAGAGGAACAAACUCUGAAUAAUAGCUGGAACUGUGGUGGCAAUUCAUGUGCUAACUUUACCUGUAAAUCAGUCUGGACUCAUUAAGAUAAUGAGAAUCAAAAUGGAAAAUGGGUAAUGAAAUGCAGAAACAAUGGUAGAAGCAAAAGGUUAUUCUCCUGUGUUCUUUGAGGAAUCUUUUGGUGAAUAUAUUGUCGGAAUAGAGACAGAGAGGAACUGGUUUGUUGUGUUAGGAUGGUGUCUGAUGGAUCUUGAUGCAGACAAGAAUCUAACAGUUCGUCAGAUUGCAUCACUGGAUUUGUUCCAUUUUGCAGAACCACUCGUGAGCCUGUAACACAAAUAUUAUUUAUUAAUAUUAGCAUAUGCUUAUCAAUC